CCGACCGUUGGUAUUAUUUGCGGCUCGGGACUUUCUGGUCUAGCGGCGACCUUGGACGGUCCCACCUUGACGGUACCGUACGCUGAUAUUCCGGGCUUUCCCGCACACUGCACGGUAGCCGGACACAAGGGUGAAGUAGUGUUUGGUUCGAUCCACGGCGUGCAGGCCAUUUGUUUCCGGGGUCGCUUUCAUUCCUACGAAGGCCACGACAUGAAGACGGUUGUCUUGCCCGUCUACGUCAUGCGCUGCCUCGACACCAAAAUUGUCAUCAUCACUAACGCUGCUGGAGGAUUGAAUCCGGAUUAUAACGUAGGAGAUGUAGUUGCAGUCUCGGAUCACUUGGCCUUGCCGCAGUUGGCCGGGAAGAAUCCCUUGAUUGGACCCAAUGACGACGAAUUGGGUCCCCGUUUCCCCGCCACCAGCGACGCCUAUCCCGACGCCUUGAGGAUUGCCGCUACGCACGCCGCCGAAUCUCUCAAUAUGCAAGAGUACUGGCAUCCCCACGGAACUUACUGCUUCGUCUCCGGACCCAUGUACGAAAGCAAAGCGGAGUGUCGCUUGCUUCGCACCCUCGGAGGCGACGCCGUGGGUAUGUCCACGAUUCCCGAAGUCGUGGCUGCGCACCACUGCGAGCUUAAAGUCCUCUGCCUUAGUCUCAUCACCAACAAGGUGGUCAUGGAGGGCGACGAAGGUGCGACGGUCGCGACACACGCCGAAGUUCUCGAAGCCGUCCAGGCCCGCUCGGUUCAGAUGCAAACACUCGUCAAGGAAAUUGUGGCCAAUCUC